CAGCUGACAACCUGAUAACAAAACUUCAAAAGGGACUGGAACGUGAAACCUUAUGAUCUUGUUGAUAUUAUCCAAUUUCUUAUUAAUAACAAAUUUGUAUUCAUAUAUAUGUUAACUUCAAUUAAUUUGGCAGCCGUAAGUAAAUAGUGAAAAAUCAAUCAAUAAAAAAAAAUGGAGGAUAGAGCAGCCAAGCUAGCAUUGGCACGAAAAAAGUUAAAAGAUCAUCAAGAAAAGAAAUCAUUUGGCAUCCAAAAAGAUGAUAUUGAUAAUUCAGUAGCCACUGAAAAUGCAGCAAACUGCAAUGUGCAGUCAGUGCCAAAAGGUGAUGAAGAAUGUUUUAUUCACCCAGAUAAUAAAAAUAGUGAAGUUUUUGAAACCAUUGGAACGGUUGAUAUGAAUACAACAAAACCUAUUGAAACUGAUCCAUCACCACCAGUUCCAUCUUCUCAAACAGAUAUAAAUGUAACAGAAAUAUUGAUAUCAAAUAAAAGGAAUUUGGAAUUACAAGUCCAUGACUUGCAAUCGAAGUUGGGUCAGCUAGAAUUAAACCAUGCUCUAGUUAUCAAUGAAUAUAAAGCAUGCAACAAGAAAGUUCAUGAAUUAGAAAAUGAGCUUAAGGACAUAAAUAAUAAACAUUUAAUUGUUGCCCAAGAAAUAUCAAUUAAGGAUGCAAAAAUAAGUGAGUUGAGUUCUGUUAAAUCAUUACUAUCAGAAGAAAACAGUAAUUUAAUAGAGCAACUGGAGUUUACUAAAACUCUAGUCAGUGCUAAAGAAGCGGAAACCAAUUCACUACACAGUCAAUUAUACAAUCUUCAAAACCAAUAUGAUGUUAUACUUCUGCAACUUCAACAACUAACAAAUGGCUCUCCAGAUUGUCAACCAAAUAAAAAAGCAUCUCAUACAGAGAAUACUGAAGCUUUGACACAAAAAAUUUCUAAUUUGGAACAGCAAAUGAGUUCUUUACAAAAAGAGAGGGAUCAAAUGAACUUGCACUAUGAACAUUAUGUUGCGGAAUUAAAUGAGCAAUUAAAAGCGGUUAUGAAAAAAAAUGAAGACCUAAUUAGAGAGGUUGACAAUUUAUCUAACAGAGAAAACAGCCUUAUAGAGCAAAUAAGUGAUAUGGAAAUCAGAAUACAGAAUUACAAACUUGAUAAGUAUAAAAUCCAAGAGAAUCAUGAUACUGAUAUUUUGAAAGAUUUACAAGAUGAACUGAAUGUUACUCAGGAAAAGUUGAACAAGUUAAAAAGUGAGCAUGAAGAACUACAAAAUCAAUAUUCUGAGAGUAUUGCUAAAGUGAAGGAGUUAUCCGAAGUUAAAGAAACAGAAUGCAAUCAUGAAAAUAUCAGCCUAUCAAAGUUAAAUGCUGAUAUGGCAAGUGAUAAAGUUGCUGCACAAAGAGCAACGGAACAGAAUAAAAAACUAAAGCAAGAUUUGCAAGGAUUAGAAGAUGACUUCAUCAAAAUGAGUAAAGACAAAUUAGAGUUAACUGAAAAAAUUACGGCAGAAAAGUAUUUAAACCGGGAACUUACAAUUAAAUUAUCUGAAGUAGAAGAAAAGGCGAAGGAAAUGCAAAUAAAAUUAAAAGCCAAAGAUGACGAGAUGAUUCGAUUACAAUCAAGUUAUAGAGACAUGGAAAAGCAGUGCGAGCUGUUAAUAAACUUAGGUAAAAGUAGUAGUACAACUGUGCAAGAAACGGUUGAUAAUAGUUCAACAAAGGGAGAAACGGAAACGGUGAAUGAUGAUGAAGAAGAAGAACAUCUUCUAAAUUCAAAUCAUAAGUCGUUAACGGAACAAAUAGACGACAAAAAUAGCCUACGACUUCAAAAGGAAGACGCGAUGCUAAAACUUCAGGAUCGAUUUUUGAAAAUAAUGGGCGAAGUUGCUGAUUUAUCGGAUGAAAAGCAUCGACUGGAACACAUCAUUUUGCAGCUUCAAAAUGAAACUGAAACCAUUUGUGAAUAUGUUGCCUUGUACCAACAACAACGAAGUUUAUUAAAACGGCGCGAUGAGGAAAGAAGUGCUCAGUUAAAAGUAUUUCAACAAGAAUGCGGGAAACUGCAAUCUGAGCUGGAAGAACUUACUGGAAUAUUGGCAAGGUUCGCUGACGAUAAAGAACUGGCGUCUUAUUUCUUAACUGAAUCGAAACGUAAGGAUAUGGAAAGAGUUAUGACGUUACUAUCCAACCUCAAAAAUAAUUCAUUAAUUGAUCCCAGAAAGAAAAAUAUUGAUUUUAAAAACUUCUAUCCUUGUAAUUGCUGUUCUGGUAAGUUAAUAGAAGUUUGAUAACUUUUGUUAUAGUAAUUUUAUGAACAUACUAUUGAAAUAUAGCUAAUAUUAUGAAUAUUCUAAAUAA